AAGUUACUAUGAAAGGCGUCAGAUGAUUGACUCUUUUUUAAAGACAAUAUAGGAUACUGCCCAACUCCCCUGGGGUCAAACGGCUUGGGUUAGGGUGUGCUGAUGCUCAUUACGCGGAGGCUUUCCUGCCAUGGCAACCUUCCAGUCAGCAGGUCAGGCCGAGAUCAUCAGAAGCAGUCAGAAAGAUGAAGUUUAUCAGACACAGCUGAGAGGCAGUAUCCAUGAUGUCGUCCAGUCACUAAUAGGUGCAAGAUUUUGGGUGAGAUGGAGAAAGGAGCUGGAUGUUGUCUCUGAUGUGUUGUACUUUGGACUAACCACAGUAGCAGGCUUUCAAACCCUUGGUGAAGAGUAUGUGAAUAUACUUCAAGUGGAUAAUACAAGGAGAGCCAUUCCAUCGCUGCAGAGACGUAUAGCUCUAGUAGCUCUUCACAUUGGUGCCCCCUAUCUCCUGGACAAGACCCUGACCAGGCUCUCCUACCACCUUGAAGCAGGCUACAGGAUACCCAACCUCUCUGAUGAUGUCAACAACCGGCUACGUCUUUGGAUGCCCUCCGUCAGGCGUGCAUUGACCUUCGUUAACCGUAUCCACAUGGCUGUUUUCUACCUACGAGGGCUGUUCUAUCACAUCGCUAAGAGAUUUUCUGGAGUGCAAUAUCUCCAAGUCAGGAGGAGUGCAGUAUCCCAGGCCCUGCAGAAAAGCUUUCACUUCCUUGGCUGGUUAUCAGGUAUUCAGCUGGGUGUCAGUCUGCUAUGGCAUGCAUUGCAGCUCAGAAAUAUGAUGAUCCAUCAGUCUGCCGAUGAAGCUGAGGAAGAAGACAGAAAUCCUGCCAAUGAUGCGCAGGUUGUUGACCCAAGAUGGCGCUGUUCACUAUGCCUGGAACGUCGUAAGAACACUACAUGCCCUCCCUGUGGUCAUCUAUACUGCUGGCAGUGUAUCAUGGAGUGGUGUCGAACAAAGCCAGAGUGUCCAAUAUGCAGAGAUGGCUUCCAUGCGUCGAGACUCGUCCGUCUUCAGAACUAUGACAAGAGAUGACAGGAAAUCUUGGAAGAUUUAGCCGACCAGCAUUCCAUGAUCAUUGCCAAAAUAUCAAGCUAAGAUUGGUUUUAUGUGCCAAACUUCAUCAGUACAAAUGCAGUAUUAUGCUUUAAUAUUUUUAUUUUAAUACUGGGAUUUGUUAAGGGGGUGGAAGUGAUGGGGGGGGGGGUGACAGAGAGCUAUUCUCUUUUAGUAUGUACCGCAAGUUCCAAUGUGCAAAAUGGGCAAUAACGUCAGUGUUGACCGUUUGGUGUGGUGUUAAUUCAAUUUGUAUAUUACUAUAACACCAAACAAAUGAAGAUGGUCGUGAAAUCUCACUCACUAGGUGUUGAGCUGUCGUAUUAUAAUCUGAACAGGUUCUGGAGCUAGGAAAUGCAAGCCAAAUUGUGCUAGAUCAAGCACCAACACUGGACUUGAAAUCUGUUAUUUUAUGAUUUCAUUCAUGACUAUUUACUAGAAUGCAUCCCCACUGCAUGUUCUGGGUCCCCUUUGCAGAAUGAUUUGUAAUCACAAAAUCAAUCACAAAUUUUCAACCAAUCAAAAGUUUGCAUGUGGGACUUGUGCUUAAUUUUCGAGUUGGGAGUUUAUACGCAAUUCUUUCUGAAAUGGGUGACGUAUAACAGUGUGAUGAUGGGUCUUACACCACAUUCAUUGAUGAAUUUAAUAGACUUUUUACGUCAC